UGUGGAUGACUCAUAACCAAGAGAUUAUAAUUUGUAAUCUUUCCAUUUAUCUAUGACGGUGUAAUCUCCUAUAUAAGGAACCUCUAUGUUAUGAAUAAAGAUAGACUUUUCCAUUACUUUUACAACAAUAAGGAAUACUCUUCUUUUUCAUUCUUCUAAUUUUAUUCCUCUGCAUUUUUUCUCUACUCAUUCCUAAUGUUCCUAUAAUGGUCACCGAAAGAUAUAAAAUCUUGUAGAUAAUUAAUCUUAAGGGGUAUGAAAUCAUGUAGAUAUAAUCUUAAGAGGUAUGAAAUCAUGUAGAUACUAUUUUAAGAGGUAUGAAAUAUUGUAGAUAAUCUUAAGAGGUAUGAAAUCAUGUAGAUAAUAUUAAGAGAUAUGAAGUCUUGCAGAUAAAGGGGUAGAAAUAUGUAGAAACUCAAGGAAUUGUAUACACAGCUUAAGGGGUAAGGGGUAAGCAUAUUCAUGUGUUAGAUCGGUUUGAUCUCAGCCGUCCAUAAGGAAAGUUGGAAUGUGUAUAUAAAGGGGUGAUACCUCAUUGUAAAUUAUCAAACAAAAUUUUCUUCUUAAUUUUGGCUCUCUUUGAAGAGUUUAAUUUUUUUUGUGUUUUGCUUGUUUCAAUAAGUGAAGAAAAAUGGGACAAAAGCUCCACGCUCUUAUGUUCCCAUGGUUCGCUUUUGGUCACUUUACUCCAUACUUGCAUCUAGCCAACAAGUUAGCUGAGAAAGGUCACAGGGUUACUUUCUUGCUGCCUGCGAAAGCUAAAAAACAAUUAGAACCUCUUAACCUGUUCCCAGACAGCAUCGUCUUACAUCCUAUUACCAUUCCUCAUGUUGAUGGUCUUCCUGCUGGCGCAGAGACCCCCUCGGACAUCCCCAUCACGUUGUGGAAGUUCUUGAUCGUAGCCAUAGAUCGUACACGCGAUCAAGUCGAAGUCGCGGUUCGUGCUUCGAGACCGGACCUGAUCUUGUUCGAUUAUGCUUACUGGGUUCCAGAAGUGGCUAAAGAGAAUGGAGUAAAGAGUAUGAUGUACAACGUGAUAUCAGCAACAUGUAUAGCUCAUGACCUUGUCCCUGGUGGUGGAUUCGGAGUUCCUCCACCUGGCUAUCCUUCAUCUAAGUUGUUGUUCCGCGCACAUGAUGCUCACGCCAUGUCGUCAUUCUCUGUUUACUACAAGAGGUUUUACGAUCGGUUUACCACAAGUCUCACGAAUUGUGAUUUCAUUUCGGUUAGGACGUGUGAAGAAAUUGAAGGUAAGUUUUGCGACUAUAUAGGGAGUCAGUACAAGAAGAAUGUUUUCUUGACGGGUCCAAUGCUUCCUGAGCUAGACAGAAGCCAACCACUUGAUAAAAAAUGGAAUCAUUGGCUGAGAGGUUUUGAACCAGGAUCUGUAGUGUAUUGUGCACUUGGCAGCCAAAUCACUCUGGAGAAAGACCAAUUCCAAGAGCUAUGUUUAGGAAUGGAGCUCACUGGUUUGCCGUUUUUUGUAGCGUUAACGCCACCAAGAGGUGCAAAGACUAUUCAAGAAGCCUUACCUGAAGGAUUCGAGGAGAGGGUAAAAGGUCGUGGAGUAGUUUGGGGAGAAUGGGUGCAGCAACCGUUGAUAUUGGCUCAUCCAUCAGUAGGCUGCUUUGUGAGCCAUUGUGGAUUCGGUUCGAUGUGGGAGUCUCUAAUGAGUGAUUGCCAGAUAGUCUUGAUUCCAUAUUUGGCUGAUCAAGUUCUCAACACGAGAUUGUUGACUGAUGAACUCGAGGUUGCGGUUGAAGUGCAAAGAGAAGAAACAGGAUGGUUCUCCAAGGAGAAUUUGAGUGUUGCGGUCAACUCUGUGAUGGACAAAGAUAGUGAGAUUGGGAGUCAGGUGAGGAAGAACCACUCCAAGUUGAAAGAGCUUGUGGUUAGUCCUGGAUUAUUAACCGGUUACACUGAUAAAUUUGUUGAGACUUUGGAGAACCUACUCGAGGUACAAAACUUCAAUGAGUUACUUUAGCGUGAGAAGAAGUACGUAGCAGUUGUUUCAAAUAAUGCAAUAAUAUUCUUAAACCAUGCAACGGAGCGGUUGUCUUUGCUCAUUUUUGGUUUUUAUAAAAUUUAUUUACUCAUUUGUGGUAUGCUUUUUCCAUUACUUUUAUAAGAACAUUAAACAAAUUUCCGUAACAAAAAGAGUUGACUUUGAAAGUACAUUAAAAAUUAAACAAAAUUAUAAGCCGCAAGUUAAAUACAUUUCUAGCUUUAUGAUUUUUUUUUCUUGAGAAAUAUUUAUAGCGUUAUGUUCUUUUUUUACACCGUUAUGUUCUUUUUUACACCGUUAUAGCGUUACCAUCAUGUCAGUGCUUAAAGGUAUAUUAUCUUUAAUUAUUGAUUACAUCAAGUGUUUUUUUUCCUUAAUUCAGAGUUGAUCUUAUUAAAAAAUAGAAUUUAAGUUUUUUUUAUUUAUUUUCGAGAUAUAACAUACUAAAUUUCAGUUAUGAAUUGAUAAAAAACCAAUAUGAUUCAAAAGGAUGAAUCGAUAGAACCAAACAUACAAAUUACAUAAACACCUGAAAGCCUGCAUCAAAGUUGUUUCCAUGGCCUUUGGUGUUUUUUUACCUUAUUGAGCUGCGUAAGAUCUGCAAAACAAAACUCCCUUCAUGAUGAUAUUUAUAAAUAAACAUGCUCCCAUGUCUACGUCUAACUAUUAUUGUGUACGUAUGUUAUCGUUCGGGACGUUUAAUCAUGGUUGCUGCCAAUCAUCUGCCUAAGUGCUUGUCAUCAACAUAUUGUGUUUUUGUGUAUUUAUUUGUUUGGAACAAAGCUAUGUAAACUAGAAAACAAUCCUCCAUUAAUAUAUAUGUUAUUUGAGACUGAUAUGUGGCAAAAAUGCUUAAGCCUUUAGGCAUAUAAGAUUGUUCUAUCUUUACCCAUUUUACAAACUUUGAAGUAGACUCGUGUUCACCGAACAUAUAUAACCCUUUUUACCGAAGUAUACGGACGGAGUGUAUGACGUACUAAUUUUAAAAUUUUCUUUAACAAAUGCUAUAAAUAUAUAU